AUGAAGAGGGUCCCAUCUUUCCCUCCUGCCUCUGAGUGUGCUGGAGAAGAGAAACGAGUUGGUACACGCACAGUAUUUGUUGGCAAUCAUCCAGUUUCAGAAACAGAAGCAUACAUUGCACAAAAAUUUUGUGAUAAUAGAAUAGUCUCAUCUAAGUAUACACUUUGGAAUUUCCUUCCAAAGAAUCUGUUUGAACAGUUUAGAAGAAUUGCAAAUUUUUAUUUUCUCAUCAUUUUCCUUGUACAGGUCACAGUAGACACACCAACUAGCCCAGUUACCAGUGGACUUCCACUUUUCUUUGUUAUAACUGUUACAGCCAUCAAACAGGGAUAUGAGGAUUGGCUGAGGCACAGAGCUGACAAUGAAGUCAACAAGAGCACUGUUUACAUUAUUGAAAAUGCAAAGCGAGUGAGAAAAGAGAGUGAAAAAAUCAAGGUCGGUGAUGUAGUAGAAGUACAGGCAGAUGAAACCUUUCCCUGUGAUCUUAUUCUUCUAUCAUCCUGCACAAUUGAUGGAACCUGUUAUGUUACUACUGCAAGUCUUGAUGGGGAAUCCAAUUGCAAGACACAUUAUGCAGUACGUGACACCAUUGAACUGUGUACAGCUGAAUCCAUUGAUACCCUCAGAGCAGCAAUUGAAUGUGAACAGCCUCAACCUGACCUCUACAAGUUUGUUGGCCGAAUCAGUAUCUAUAGUAAUAGUCUUGAAGCUGUUGCCAGGUCUUUGGGACCUGAAAAUCUCUUGUUGAAAGGAGCUACACUAAAAAAUACCAAGAAGAUAUAUGGAGUUGCUGUUUACACUGGAAUGGAAACCAAAAUGGCAUUGAACUACCAAGGGAAAUCUCAGAAACGUUCUGCUGUUGAAAAAUCCAUUAAUGCCUUCCUGAUUGUGUAUUUAUUUAUCUUACUGACCAAAGCUGCAGUAUGCACUACUCUAAAGUAUGUUUGGCAAAGUACUCCAUAUAACGAUGAACCUUGGUAUAACCAAAAGACCCAGAAAGAGCGGGAGACUUUGAAGGUUUUGAAAAUGUUUACCGACUUCCUGUCGUUUAUGGUUCUGUUCAACUUUAUCAUUCCUGUCUCCAUGUAUGUCACAGUAGAAAUGCAAAAAUUCUUGGGCUCCUUCUUCAUUUCAUGGGAUAAGGACUUUUAUGAUGAAGAAAUCAAUGAAGGAGCUCUAGUUAACACAUCAGACCUUAAUGAAGAACUUGGUCAGGUGGAUUAUGUAUUUACUGAUAAGACUGGAACACUCACUGAAAAUAGCAUGGAAUUCAUUGAAUGCUGCAUAGAUGGGCAUAAGUAUAAAGGUGUAACUCAGGAGGCUGAUGGACUCUCUCAAACUGAUGGACCCUUACCGUAUUUUGACAAGGCAGAUAAGAAUCGAGAAGAGCUCUUUCUGCGUGCCUUGUGUUUAUGUCAUACUGUAGAAAUUAAAACAAAUGAUGCUGUUGAUGGAGUUACAGAAUCAGCUGAAUUAACCUAUAUGUCCUCUUCACCAGAUGAAAUAGCUUUGGUUAAAGGAGCUAAAAGGUAUGGGUUCACGUUUGUAGGAAUGCAGAAUGGUCAUAUGAGAGUAGAGAACCAAAGAAAAGAAAUAGAAGAGUAUGAACUUCUUCACACCUUAAACUUCGAUUCUGUCCGCCGUCGUAUGAGUGUAGUUGUGAAAACUCAAUCAGGAGACAUACUUCUCUUUUGUAAAGGAGCCGACUCAGCAGUUUUCCCCAGGGUGCAAAAUCAUGAAAUUGAGUUAACUAAAGUCCACGUGGAACGUAACGCAAUGGAUGGGUAUCGGACACUUUGUGUAGCCUUCAAAGAAAUUGCUCCAGAUGAUUAUGAAAGAAUUAACAGACAGCUCAUAGAGGCAAAAAUGGCCUUACAAGACAGAGAAGAAAAAAUGGAAAAGGUUUUUGAUGAGAUUGAGACAAACAUGAAUUUAAUUGGAGCCACUGCAGUGGAAGACAAGCUACAAGAUCAAGCCGCUGAGACCAUUGAAGCCCUGCACGCAGCAGGUCUGAAAGUCUGGGUGCUUACUGGGGACAAGAUGGAGACAGCCAAAUCUACCUGCUAUGCCUGCCGCCUUUUCCAAACCAGCACCGAGCUCUUGGAACUGACCACCAAAACCAUCCAAGAAAGCGAACGGAAAGAAGAUCGAUUACAUGAGUUGUUGAUUGAAUAUCGUAAAAAGUUGCUGCAUGAAUUUCCUAAAAGUACUAGAAGCCUUAAAAAAGCAUGGACAGAACAUCAGGAAUAUGGAUUAAUCAUUGAUGGCUCCACGUUGUCUCUCAUAUUAAAUUCUAGUCAAGACUCUGGUUCUAACAAUUACAAAAGCAUUUUCCUACAAAUUUGUAUGAAGUGCACUGCAGUGCUCUGCUGUCGGAUGGCACCGUUACAGAAAGCCCAGAUUGUGAGAAUGGUGAAGAAUUUAAAAGGCAGCCCAAUAACACUGUCGAUAGGUGAUGGUGCCAAUGAUGUUAGUAUGAUCUUGGAAUCCCAUGUGGGCAUAGGUAUCAAAGGCAAAGAAGGUCGCCAAGCAGCCAGGAAUAGUGAUUAUUCUGUCCCAAAGUUUAAACAUUUAAAGAAACUGCUGUUGGCUCACGGACACCUAUAUUAUGUGAGAAUAGCACACCUUGUACAGUAUUUCUUCUAUAAGAACCUUUGUUUCAUUUUGCCACAAUUUUUGUACCAGUUCUUCUGUGGAUUCUCACAACAGCCACUGUAUGAUGCCGCUUACCUUACAAUGUACAAUAUCUGCUUCACAUCCUUGCCCAUCCUGGCCUACAGUCUACUGGAACAGCACAUCAACAUUGACACUCUGACCUCAGAUCCCCGAUUAUAUAUGAAAAUUUCUGGAAAUGCCAUGCUACAGUUGGGCCCCUUCUUAUAUUGGACAUUUCUGGCUGCAUUUGAAGGAACAGUGUUCUUCUUUGGGACUUAUUUUCUUUUUCAGACUUCAUCCUUAGAAGAAAAUGCAAAGGUAUAUGGAAACUGGACUUUUGGAACCAUUGUUUUUACAGUCUUAGUGUUCACCGUAACUCUGAAGCUCGCCUUGGAUACUCGUUUCUGGACAUGGAUAAACCACUUUGUGAUUUGGGGUUCUUUAGCGUUUUAUGUAUUUUUCUCAUUCUUCUGGGGAGGAAUUAUAUGGCCUUUUCUCAAACAACAGAGAAUGUAUUUUGUAUUUGCUCAAAUGCUGUCUUCUGUAUCCACAUGGUUGGCCAUAGUUCUUCUAAUAUUUAUCAGCCUUUUCCCUGAGAUUCUCCUGAUAGUAUUAAAGAAUGUAAGAAGAAGAAGUGCCAGGAGAAAUCUGAGCUGUAAAAAGGCAUCUGACUCAUUAUCCACCAGACCUUCAGUCAGACCUCUUCUUUUACGAACAUUCUCAGACGAAUCUAAUAUAUUGUAA